GAAUUUGUGUUUUUGACUCAGGUUCACGUUUAACCGCGCCAUGAUCACGUAGCUGCAGAACGGAGGGAGUCAGGAAGACGCUGGAAAAGUUAAGGGUGACAAAUGGGCUUUGGCCGCUGCUCCAAGAUCAACCUCGCUGCGUGGCAAGGGAACACUGCUGUAGACUCCCCACGUUCGGCUCACACGCAUCGGGGUUGUUUUUUUUUUUUCUUUCCGCUUCCACUGAAUUCCAGCUCGGGUCCAAAGUUGCAUCGUAUUAAAGGACAGGGGUUGUGUUUUAGAACGCGCACCAGGAUGUUUUAUUGCAGCCCCGUUCCCUCGCUUCAUUUCCUGCGCCGUGCGUUCUGACGCCAGCGCUGCUUUUUCCACUUUUGCACAACAUGUUGGACAAAGGCACUAAUUGGUUUAGAGGAACCAGAUGUGUGUGAGCGAACUAAAACAAAUAAAAGCUCCACUGUUUUGGUGCCGCCAUUGUUACAGCUCGGAGCUGCAGACAUAUUUCUCUUCGCUUUCUUGGCAAACGCGCAAACGUGUAACCCGAGUGCGCAUUUACGCGUUAAUCACCCCGUUGGAAUCCUAAAGCCGCACGCGCAAACGCGCUCUCUCCCGUCAAUGUCCGCGUUGCCGCAGACGUGGACUCAUGUUUCAAACAUCCCCGCAUUAGUCGACACACAACACCGCGCUUCCUCCCGAACGCAACGCGUUUUUGUUUUUUUUACAAAAUAAAAAUGGACCCGAUAACUUUAACAGCAGGGUAGGAAGGGAGAGGAAAAAAAAAACGUCUGGCAACAGUCGAUAUUAAAAACAUGCAGAGGGAGACAAGCUCGGGGCCUUCCAGAGUCAGGAAAAAGACUUCGGAGAGCUGCGGACAGGAGAUGGCUGCAGCCGAUCCCGAUAGCCAGCCUGCAGAUUGCAGUCAGCCUGAAGCGGGCCAGAACGGUUCUCUGGAGGAGAUGGAGGAGGACGUCGGUCUGAAGAAGCGGAAAAGCGACGCUCAUGGGGAGAAACAGCUCCAGACGGGGCAGGAAACGGGCGAGAAGGUCAAGAGGAAGCGAGGCCGCCCCCCUGCUGAGAAGCUCCCUCCGAAUCCGCCCGAACUCACCAGAACUCUGAACACGCUGGUGGAUAUGGUUAUCAACUACAAGGAUGGGUUGGGUCGGCAGAUCAGCAAAGGCUUCGUGCAGCUUCCCUCCAAGAAGGAGGUGCCCGAGUACUACGAGCUGAUCCGAAAGCCCGUGGACUUCAGGAGGAUCAGGGAACGCGUGCGCAACCACAAGUACAGAAGUGUGGGGGAUUUGGAGAAGGACAUCUUCCUCCUGUGUCACAACGCCCAGACCUAUAACCUGGAGGGAUCUCAGAUCUAUGAGGAUUCCAUCGUCAUCAAGUCCGUCUUCGAGAGCGCGCGGCAGAGAAUCGUCACCGACGCGGCCCAGAAGGAGGCGGUCGGCGCCGGGCACGGCGACAACGGCGACGGCGGCGCGGCCGAGGACCAGUUCGUGGCGUCGGCAGUGAAAUCGCGGCCCGUCCAGCUGAAGAAGGGCCCCAAGGAGGAGCGGGGCAGGAACCCCAUCGCCAAGAGGCUCCACAGCGACGUGGACAGCGAGGAGGACCUAGACGAUAACACCACCAAGGACGAGGGCUGAGCUCGGGGCGCCUCCGCUUUCCUUUUUUUCCCCCGCGUGUUCUUCUUCAUCUGCCUCAUCCACCCUUUCAUCGGUUCCUCUCUUCCCUUUGAACGUAGCGCGGUGAGGACACUCACAGAGAGCCACUUACGGAACAAAGCCCUUUUCUUUCAGAUAAUGGUUCAGGCCACUCAGACGCGCCGCAGUGCUGGUCUUUUACUUUCGCUGCUCAUUUCCAUUUUAUCCGCCUCGGUCCCUGUGAUUGCUUCCGCAGAUUAUGUAAAAAAAAAAAAAAACCCCGAUUUCACUGACUGUUUUUAAUGAGUAUAUUUGAUUGUAUGAAAUGCCUUCAUCUGUCUUGGAGCAUGAUAUGUAGGUCUCUCCUCACGCUGCCUCCUCCGGAGCAGCUUCAACCCAACGCGUCUGAAGAAGCCAGGCAUCAUCGACGCCUUUCACUGACAGGAUGCUUUUCGUCUGUUUCCGACGCUUCGUGGAUCCAGUUUGGGGCUAAUUACCAAUAUUCCAGUUGAACAUUUGUAUUCUUUGUGCUAUAGUAUAUUCACAUAUUGUACAGUUUGUGUGAAGAGUACGGAAAAGAAAUGAAUGACUUUCCAUCACCUCCUGAACGGGAGGAUGGAAAACUUUGUUGUUAAGACAAUCCCUGGAAACAUGUAUCACUUAAACACUUGCAAAAUAAAUUUUACCAAAAACUCCA